AUGACCUGGAGGAGUCUCAUCAAACUGUUGCUCAGUUGCAGUAUCCUCCUGACCGUCUCCUACUUGGUUUACAACAGUCAUGUUCCUCUACAGGGAGGGAGCGAGAACCUGCCGCGGCCACGGGCGGCCCCAGAGCAGCCUCACCUUGAUCCACAGCCCUGCAUGUGCCAGCCAGACUCGGUUCAACUCAAAGAUAAAAUUCCAAAGAACCAGUUUGACAAAGUGUUCCAACGGAGGAAAGACGAGCUGUCCAAGCAGAAGAAAAGAACCUCGUCUGAGUUGUCCAAACUGCUGCUGGCUCCAGCCAACAGCCCUCUGCAGUAUCCUAUCCAGGGUUUUACUGCCCGACCUCUGAGGAUCAGCCCCAUCCCAGGUUUAGCGCUGUACGCCGAGCAGCGGAGCAGCUACAAGGUGAUCCUGAAAGUAGCCAAAGGCCGCCUCAGCACAGAGGCCUCCCUCUCCAAGAAAGUGACAGUUAAAGGGAACCAAGGACCUGAACUCACCGUGGAGUCCAGCAGCCUGCCGCUCCUGAAUGCUGCGCUGGCCUCAGUAUCUUACCAGAGCACCAUGUACCACGUCCACACCGGAGAUCUGGCUUCCUUUUCUUAUGACAACUAUGAAGCCACCUUCCCCAUCGUCAUCAAACAGCCUCAGAUGCCGGUCAUGUUCGACACGGGAACAGACAUCAAGUCAAAAGUUACCAUAACCAUCAAGACCUUUCUGCGCUACAACAAUCUGAAAGUCCUGCUGAGCAGCAUCCGCAGGUUCUACCCCACUGUACCAGUGAUCGUGGCAGACGACAGCAUUGAACCAGAAAAGAUACAAGAAGAGAAUGUCCAGCAGUACAUCAUGCCACCUGCUCAGGUAACUCCUGCUGCCCGCAGCAGACCAGGCCAGUUCCACCUGCUCAGCAGACCAGGCCAGUUUCCACCUGCUCAGGUAACUCCUGCUGACCGCAGCAGACCAGGCCAGUUCCACCUGCUCAGGGAUAUGGAGCCACCCAAGGACAAAGAUGACGACUUUGUGUUUACUGAAGACACAAAGAUCGAGAAGUUUCUAAAUGUCAUGGAGGCAGUGCCAGAACUCGAUGUGGUUGGCGGCUCAGUGCAAGGAAACCAGUUUUUCUUUUCACUUGAGUACGAUGAAGGGGUGCCGGAUGACGGAGGCUGUCUCUACAGGAAGUCCAUGGGAAGCUUCCAAACCCUUCAAGGUUACCCACAAUGCACUUUGGCCAAUGGGGUGGUCAACUUCUUCCUGGCACGUACAGACUCUGUCCAGAAGUCCAGAUUUGACCCCCUCCUAAAGAGAGUCGCACACUCAGAAUGGUUUAUGGAUGGCCUGGGUUCACUGAUGGUGGCCUCCUGUAGCGACGUCACUAUCGGUCAUCAACCACGGAAGAAAAACGCAGAGUAUGAAAAGUAUCGGAGGCCCACUGAUCUUUCUGAUGCAGUUUUCAAAUACCAGCUGCACUUCUUCAAAAACAACCUGAAAUGCAUCAAGUUUGGAUGA